UAUGUAUAAAAACGAGCAACAGAAACACCCAAAAACAAAAACCGAAAAAUAAAAACAACACAGCUUGCUAAGCCAAAACCCCAUUCAAAUCUCUCUCUCUCUCUCUCCCUUCGCAGAGAAAAGCAUUCAAAUCUUUCACAGAUCGGACUGAAAUCUGUGAUGGGGAUGGAAGUUACAGAUAUUUGCAUGGACAAGGAAUCAGAAUGUGUCAUCAUUUAUCCAAAGGAUGCUUCCCCGGAUUCAGAUCAUGAAUCAAUUCCCGCUGAUAAUGCUAUCACAGAGUCACGUGUGGACAUAAAUGGGGAUCAUGAACUCAAGAAUUUGGAAGAGAAAACUGAAGUGAAGGAUUAUGAAGUGAAGGAGUGUACUAAUGAAAACAAAUCUCAAUUGUGUGACAAUGAAAGCUCUAAUGAGGAACCAAAUGUAGUAAGCUCUGAUCUAGGAAAUGGCCAACCUGUGGAGAAAGCUCAUCUGGACAGUGAGAAAACAAAAGAUCAAACUAAAUCAAGAUUAUCUGUUAAUUGUGCAUCAAAACCUGUUGCUGGAACUGUUAAAACAAAACUCACUAUUCCUCAACCAUUUGCCCUGGCAACUGAAAAACGUGCUUCAAGCGGACCUCGUCCUGCUGGUGCUGUACUUGAUGCUGGCAAUGGGGUGAAUAAAUCUUCAAACACAAAUAAUCUACAUCUUAAUACUGUAAAUAAGAAUCAGCCAGUAUCAUCUUCAGUACCAAGAAAACCAUUGCAACCUGAUAACAAGAAGCGUCCUGAUGAGGAAGAUUCUUGCUCUGUUGUUUCCUCAACAGAAGCCUCUGCACGAAAAUCCAGGACAACUGUAGCAUCGGCUCCAAUAUUUAGAUGUUCCAAACGCGCAGAGAAAAGGAGGGAGUUUUAUACUAAAUUGGAGGAGAAGCACCAAGCAUUAGAGGCUGAGAAAACUCAAAGUGAAGCAAGGACCAAGGAAGAGAGUGAGGCAGCCAUUAAACAACUGAGGAAGAGUUUAACAUUUAAGGCAAAUCCAAUGCCUAGCUUCUACCAUGAGGGUCCUCCACCCAGGACUGAACUUAAAAAGCUUCCCCCAACACGUGCAAAAUCACCAAAGCUUGGCCGAAGGAAGAGCUGCAGUGAUACAGUGAAUAAAGUGAAACGGACCUAUGGUCAUGGAAAUCGCCAUAGUACUGGUAGUUACAAAGAAACUACUACUGCUAGUUCCAUGAACAUAAAGGACAAGAGCUACAUCGAUAAUGGCAACAGUAACACUGCUUGCAAUUUCAGUGAUAAUUCUCCACAACUCGAUGAGAUAAACCAGGGAAUUCCAAACGAACAGGAAAAUGUUGACAUUGUUGUUCAUUCCUGAGUUUUAUGGUAAGUUUUUCCUUAAUUUAUAAGCUGAGAAAGGUCUCAUUUCUCUCGUAGUCAUGCCCUACUGGCUCUAAAAUAUAUUCAUGCACUUUGUUUAUUCAACUUCUACUUGUUGCAGUGUUGUGUGUAAUUUAUGAGUGUAAAUUUUCUGUAACUUAUAUGUUUAUGUAUACAAAAGAGUUUCACUUA